AUGUGGAGCGAAGUGGUAGACGAGGAAGGCCGUGUUUACUAUUAUAAUACAGAGACCGAGCAGACUCAGUGGGAGAGACCUGAAGACCUGAAAGAGAGCAGAGUGGAUGCUGCCUUGGAGAAGACAAAAUGGCAACGAUACCUUACGGACGAGGGGGAGGUCUACUACUACAACGACGAAACAGAGGAGAGUGUUUGGACACUUCCAGACGAGGUGCGCAAGCUCAUAAGCCUGGAGACUGCCGAAGAGCCUGAAUCGGAGCCAGAGAAUGGAGACAAGGUAUUUGACUCUACAAAAAUCGUGGAUCUGAGCAGUUUUCUCACGGACGAGGAGCUCAGAUGGGAGAAAAAUGCAGACGGAAAAACAGAUCAGUUUGUGCAAAUGCUAGAAGACUACUCUGUGGGAACAGAUUGGACGUUUCAGCAGGUGAUGGAACGGUGCAUUGUGGAUAAACGGUACUGGUCUUUACCUGACUCGAUUUCGAGGAAGGAAUGUUUUGAGGUUUAUUUGCUUCGGAAAGCCGAUGAGGAGUUUCGAGAGAAGGAGAACUCGCGCGAGAGUUACAGGAACGCAUUUUUCCAGGUUCUGGACAACUACGAUAUAAAGUACUACACCCGGUGGAAGACCUGUGCGAAACUUAUCAUGGACGAGCCGAUUUACUCACUUAUUCCUUCCAAGAUGAAACGGGAAUUUUUUGAUGAGUACGUCGGUAAGCUGAAGCGUGCACGCGAGGCAGAGAUCAAGGAUGCCAGGCGGAAAGAGCUCGAGGAAGUGGAGGUCAUUUUGCGGUCGGAGCUCACGCUGAAGUCGCAGGUGGACGAUGCUUUCAAGAUCCUGGAUAUGGAACGUCUGCCGUACCUGAACAAACUCGAUAUCCUCACGAUUUACGAAAACAUCAUGAACGAGUUGGAGAGAUCAUUCCAAGCCACGGUCGCAGAACACAAUAAACAGAACUACAGGGCAGAUAGGAAGGCCAGAGACGGGUUCAGACAGCUUCUGGAGGAGGUGAGCCAGAAAAUCGAGCUGACUGCAAAAUUGAGAUGGCACGAGCUCCUCCCUUACAUAAAAGACGAUCCACGCUUCAUCAAUCUUUGUGGCAGAAAAGGUUCACUUCCGAUCGAUUUCUACUGGGAUAUCCUUGACAAGGAAAAUCAGAGUCUGAAAGCCAAGCGAGAUCUGGUGAAGCACAUAAUUCCUACUGCCGAAAACAUGUCUCUCGAGGAGUUCACCAGAGUUGUUUUGCAGAAGGUGGACAAUGUCUCGGAAAGCGACUGUCGACUCAUAAGAGAGAUGCUCCUGGAAGAAGGAAGACAAAAGGGCGAGGGAGACCGCAGAAAACGACUAAUGACGCUGGGUUACGGGGUGGCAAGAAGUUAA